AUGACCCUGGACUCCCUCCCCAACGAGGUCUACAUCGAGAUCUUAUCCGACUUCUCCACUCGGGAUCUCCUACCUCUCGCUCCUGUGAAUCGUCGAUUUCAUGCGCUAGUUCUACGCAUCCUCCAUCACCGUCUACUACUCAGCACUCCACUGAAGGAGUACCAAUUGCUUCUGGAAUGUUUUCACCCUACCUCAAAGCUCACAGAGCCUCAUGCAUUUUGCAAAUACCUCGGUAUAAACGGUCUGAGUGAGGAUCACGCGUCAGGUACACUCUACGAGGAUGCCGAUGCAAUGCAGCAAAGAGUGACUGCAAUGUACUCUCGCUUCCGUCCCCAAGCAAGCAACCAAGAUGAACAAGAACGGGUUGCACGGCGGUUUGGAGUUUUGCCAGGUAGGAUGUUUCUCUCGGGGGAAGGACUCAUAAAAAGAGAGGAAGAAGCGAUACGUGAAGUUACCUUAGAUGGGUACGAGGACUUUUCUCAACUAUGUGUGGUGGCUAGCCUAGUGCAAGUGAGACCUGGGACCUCUUUACUGUUGAGUGCAUCGACUAUUGAAGAUGGGGUUGUUCGUCUGUGGAGGGACUGGUUGUAUCGCCAAAGCAGGAAGUGGAAGAAAGUUUCAGAUGAAGCUCAAGAGGAGGGACUGGAGGAGACUCAGAUCUCGUCUGACUCUGACGAUAUGCUGUGGGUGGAUUUGGCUCGGACUGUGGGGUUGAAGAUGCGUGUGCGACCGAAAUCUUGGAAUCCGUCUUUGCCCGUGCUGAUGCACGAGGAUGAUCGGGAUGACGAUGCUUGGGUUGGCUACGAAAUUGUGUUGGAAGAACUGCAUAUUCGUGCCACUCGUUUACUUUUGGCCCUUGAACGCUCGAAGGAGGAGCAGGAGUAUCACCAAAACAAUGCUAUUGUUAUUGGAGCUCCAGCGCCCUCCUAA